UUGGUUUUUAUUACAGAGUCAGACUGUGAUACACAGGAACUGGUUUCUUUCCAGCCAUAAUCAUCUAAGCAAUGGCUCAUCAUUCCCAUGGAGAGACCCAGACCUCGCUCCCCGACCUCUUGGAGGAGUACCUGGAGGAGCUCGAUGAUGAAGAGCUGAAGAAGUUUAAAUGGAAACUGUGUCGCACAAAGUAUAAACAGUUAAAGCCCCUUCCCAGGGGCCUGGUGAAGGGCUUGGAUAGAACAGACCUCGCAGACAAGAUGAUAAGUUCCUACAGCGAAGCUGAUGCUCUCAAUGUCAUGCUUGAAAUCCUGAAGAAUAUGAACCUGAAUGGUCUUGCUCAGAGACUGAAUGAAGACCUGCAGGAGGGUCCCCAAGCAGGAAGUGAGCUGGGUGACGUAUUGGAGCAGAACACUAUCAUGUCAGAAAGACCAAAGCCCUCCGGUGCCCAGGGAGGAAAAGGAGGAAGAGAAGAGGAGGAAAAACGGGAAAAAGACAGAGGGGAGCUCAUGUCCAGCACGAUCAAAUGUAACCUGAAGCAGAAAUUUGAGCGUGUAUUUGAAGGGAAAGCUAAGGGAGGACAGCCAACACUUCUCAGUGAGAUUUACACAGAACUCUACAUAACUGAAGGUGGGACUGGAGGAGUCAAUGAUGAACAUGAAGUGAGACAGACUGAAACAGCAGCCAAUAAAAGACCACCAUGCAGUGUAGUGGACUGA